UGUUAUUUUUACACGUUAAAAAUAAAUAGAAUCUGAGCUGGUGGGUCGGCCGAAGCGUCCUGUCCCGGGGGCUUGUUCUCUGGGGAUGUGAGCGAUCUGGCGACCAGACACCCCCUCCUCUAGGAAGCAGAUGGGAAGGAAGCUUUAUUGAGCAACUGCUAUGUGCCUAGAACGAGACUGAGCAGUUCCUGAACAACCUCGUGAGCCAUGGAUUGUUUCAGAACUUCACCAAGUCAUUCCUGGAUUUAUCCCACGGUGAUCCUGUGCUUAUUUGGAUUUUUCUCCAUGAUGAGACCCUCAGAACCCUUUUUUAUACCGUAUUUAUCUGGACCAGAUAAAAACCUGACCAGUUCAGAGAUCACAAAUGAGAUCAUCCCAAUUUGGACAUACUCUUACCUGGUGCUGCUGCUCCCCGUGUUCGUCCUGACUGACUACGUCCGCUACAAGCCAGUCAUCAUCCUGCAAGGAGUCAGCUUCAUCAUCACGUGGUUGCUGCUCUUGUUCGGCCAGGGAGUGAAGGCCAUGCAGGUGGUGGAGUUCUUCUAUGGGAUGGUCACCGCCACUGAGGCGGCGUACUAUGCCUACAUUUACAGCGUGGUCAGCCCCGAGCACUACCAGAAGGUGAGCGGCUACUGCAGGAGCAUCACACUGGUGGCCUACACAGUGGCCUCGGUGCUGGCCCAGCUCCUGGUGUCCCUGGCCAGCCUCUCGUACUUUUACCUCAACGUCAUAUCGUUGGCUUCCAUCUCUGUGGCCUUCGUUUUGUCCCUUUUCCUGCCAAUGCCCAAGAAGAGCAUGUUUUUCCAUGCAAAAUCCAGCAAAGAACUAUGGAAGCAACCAAACAAAAAUGAGGCAUCAGAUGCACCUUACAAAAUUAACACACCAGGCGGUGAAGAGAAGCCCACUUCAGAAAUACCCACCAUUUCAGGGAACCUGGAUGGUGGUCCUUUGAGCAGCCCGAUGCUGCAAAAUGUAGCGUUGAAUGUUUUUGUGCAGUGGUUCCAAGAUCUGAAGGAGUGCUACUCUUCCAAGCGACUAUUUUACUGGUCCCUAUGGUGGGUCUUCUCCACAGCAGGUUUUAACCAAGUUUUGAACUAUGUUCAAAUCCUGUGGGAUUUCAAGGCACCAUCCCAGAGUUCAUUUGUCUAUAAUGGGGCAAUAGAAGCUCUUGCAACCUUUGGAGGGGCCGUGGCUGCCUUUGCAAUGGGCUACGUGAAAGUCAACUGGGAUCUUCUGGGGGAGCUGGCUCUAGCCAUCUUCUCCAUCAUUAGCGCAGGCUCUCUGUUUCUCAUGCAUUACACGACCAACAUCUGGGCAUGCUAUGCUGGCUAUCUGAUAUUCAAGUUCAGCUAUAUGCUGCUUAUAACAAUAGCAGUAUUUCAGAUCGCAGUUAAUCUGAGUGUGGAAUGCUAUGCCCUGGUGUUUGGAAUGAACACCUUCAUGGCACUGGUAAUUCAGACCAUUAUGACAGUGAUUGUUGUAGAUCAGAAAGGACUCAACCUGCCAAUCAGCAUUCAGUUUUUAGUUUAUGGGAGUUAUUUUGCAGUUAUUGCUGCCAUUUUUCUAAUGAGAAGCACAUAUAUCAUCUACUCAGCCAAAUGCCAAAAGCAAGCACAGAGCUCUCCAGCAAGUCAGAAUCCAGAUGAGCUCCACCCAGAGGGACCAAGGAAUGUCAUUACAGGAACAAAGCUCUGACCUUACUGCAGCCACUGCAUCCACUGAACAAGAUCUUGGUCACAAAGUCACUGAGCGCCAUAAACUGACACACUUCCAAAGCCUGGAUUUCAAUGAACCUUUUCAAAACCACAACAAAAUCUUACUUUUAGACCAGAUACUACGUGCCCAGCUGGAUACAGUUGACAAGACCCGUCACCUCAAUCAAAUGGCCGGCGUUGGGUACUCCAACGAGUAGCAAGGAUUGGGAAGUUCUGGUUUUGGUUACUCCCUAGGACAUAUCAGUGGCAUGGAAACAAAUCACGAGAAAACUUCACUCAGCCUGUUGAUGUUCCCCAUUCGGAAGCAAAAAUACUAACUGGACUGACCCCUUGCUUGUUUUAAAUAUUUUAUCUUACCAAAAUAGGCAAGAGGUGGACUUUUUUUUUUUUUUAAAUCACAUAACCAUUUGCCUCCUUCUUUCAUUAAGUGUAUUUCUAUAUUACUUGUAGUUCUCUGCGAGAAUUUCAAGGUCUGGUCCCAUUUCCAAGGACCUUUCUUCAAUCCUGACAACAUGGUAUUAUUCACAAGCUAUUAUUUGAUUAUAUCACCUAUUUAAUUCUGUCAUGAUUACUUUUUA